CCAUGCCCCAGCUUCGCACCCGCUCUCUCAGUUCGAUCCUCAUUUGUUUGUUUUGAGGCAUUGUGCCUCUGCUGGUUAAUUUCAAGUAUUCUUCUCUUUUAUGAGGCCCGCUGCUUACUAUUCAAGCUGCGGUGACUGAAUAUCGCUGAGCUCAACUCACGUCCUAGUUUGAAGGAUUAGCUGCAAUCUGAAAUCAUGGACGCGCCUCAAGUGCAAGUCGGAGCGCCCGAGGGCCCUUCGAACGGUAGCAACGCGGAGAAAGAAAAUGUUCAAACUUCACAGAAUACGACCAGCUUUGACUUGAACGCGAGCGCGGCUUCUAGCGCGGUAAAUGAAGGCCAGGCCGACUCGUCUCAUGACAUCGUUUUGCCUGACGCGAGCGCAGCUGACCCAGAACCGAAGCCAGCUGCCCCCAAGAGGAAUCCUGGCCUCCAAUUCCUCGACUACCUGAGAUCACCUAUUGUGGAACUGGUUGUAGGAACCGGGGAGACGAAAACCACCUUAACAGCACACCAGAGCUUGCUUUUGGCGUCCCCCGUGCUAGCAGAAAAGGUCACGACUUUUGAGGGAUCAGACCCUCGUCGCAUUGAUCUCCCCGAGGAAAAUGUGGAAGCCUUUGGUCAUUUUCUCCAAUUCCAGUAUACCCGCGAUUAUUCGGCGUCCCAAUCCGAUUCUCAUACCGAACAAGAAGCAGUUGUGGGAGAAAUCGACGACAGUGGGGAACAGUUGUUGAAACAUGCGCGAGUAUACACCUUGGCGGAAAGAUUGGGGAUCCCAUCGCUCAAGACCCUGGCACACUCGAAGAUACACCGUAUCAAUAGCACAUCUCAUGGUGAAAUUGCGUACGCUCGUUAUGUCUACAUGAAUACGCCAGUUGAUGACGUUACCAUCCGGAAGCCAGUAGCAACAUUCUGGGCCCUAAGAAGUCACGUCCUGCGCCAUGAAGCUGAAGAGGAGUUCCGCAAGUUGUGUAUCGAGGUUCCUCAAUUUAGCUUCGAUGUACUCAGCCUCGUUCUCGACCAGAAGGAGAAACGUGCCCAGGACAAGGCAGAGUCAGAGUCUGCUGUGAAAGGAAGUGGAAGGAAACGAUUGAGGAGUGGUCUGUAGCGAACGGCAACUUUCCCUUAGAAUAAUUAAUCCCAUACUGGUCAGAACCAAACAAAAUGACGCACCUACCUAUACUGUGUGAACAACUACUAAAGCGAUAUUUUGUGCUACAAAACGUGGAGACACUCCCAAAAAUUUUCUGCAGAUCCCCGCAAACUGUUGCCACUGAUCUCCUGAUGUUACUUGUCACUCUAUUGGGAAAUCUCCAAUUACCAUUCUAUCCCCUUGUUAGAGGGCUGUCG